GUCUCUUCCCCACAUAUACCCUCUUGAACCCCAGCGCUGUUGCGCUAUGUGAAGGUAUUCCAGAAACGCUCUGAAUUGGAGCUUGUACAUUAAUUUUCAAAGUUGUUAAUCCACAGUCAAUUGUCCCGUUCAUUCACAAAGAAUUUAAAAUCAUGUCGUCGUUCAAGCCGUCAUCCAACCCACCCAAAACAUCUAACUAUAUCUUGUCUUAUCCUGCUGAUCAUGUUCUGCUCAUCACAAUCAACCGUCCGACGCGGAUGAACUCGCUACCCUACGCUGCACACUGGGAGGCCGAUUCUAUCAUGCAAUGGUUCGAUAACGAGCCCAGCCUCCGCGUCGUUGUGGUCACUGGUGCAGGAGAUAAAGCUUUUUGCGCCGGUCAAGACCUCAUUGAGCAAGGAGAGGUGAAGAAGAACCCGCAACCACGCCAGAUGAUGACACACCCACCGAAUGGCUUCAUGGGAAUUAGCAGGCGUGUGGGUAAAAAACCAGUCAUUGCCGCCGUGAACGGUUUCGCCCUAGGCGGGGGCUUUGAGAUUGUGCUUGGAUGUGAUAUGAUAGUUGCCUCACCACGCGCUACCUUCGGCCUCCCAGAAGCAAAGCGUGGCUUGUUUGCCGGCGCAGGUGGUCUUUCUCGUCUUGUUCGCAUUACCGGCCUUCCCAUCGCAACCGAAGUCGCACUUGCCGGCCGCGUCCUUACCGCUGAAGAAGCUCUCAGAUUCCAGAUCAUCAACAAGGUUUCCAAAACGCACGAAUCUGUUGUGCAAGAAGCCGUUGACCUAGCAGCAUCCAUUGGCGAUAUGAGCCCCGAUGCCGUGAUUGUGACAAGGUCUGGGUUGAGACAGGCUCUGGAGACAGCUAGCGUGGAGAGAGCGUCACAGCUGACGAACGAGAAAUACGGUGCGGCGUUGGCAGCGGCACCGAAUACCAUGAUUGGGCUGACUGCGUUCGCGCAGAAGAAGAAGCCGAUAUGGCAGCCGAGCAAACUGUAAAAGGGCUAUGGUGUCCCCAUGCAAUGAUGCCACUAUAUGAUAGUCCAUAUACAGAUACACAUAGCUAAAAAUUUUCCCCUUCGCUGA